ACUAUAGGCGGAGUAUUACUUGAUGCAAUCAAACGCUAAAACCUAUCAAGAGGUGAUAGCUUUUUUGCACAAAGCAGAAUAUUUCAACUUACCUUCAGGAAUAUAAGUAUUCGCUUUCGGUAGGCCUAUUCACUGCACCCGUUGGGAGAGACUACAAAAGUCUUGCUGAUAUAUACUUGUAAUCGAGAGGGACACAGUCUUUAAGUCGGACAACUUCAAGAAAGAUGUCUGGGGGUCUGACAGCAUUUUCUGUGCUUCUGGUUGUCAUCACUGGGAUUAGAGUCGCCGAGGGCGGCGGAUGCCGCGUCAGGGACUCCUGGCGGAAAUUCAACUCCCACCUAAAGCAUUCCUACCCUCCCAUGGUGGAAGUCACCUUGAAAUGUCCAGGGAGGCUCCAGCUUGUCCCGGAGCUGAAGAGCAAGCGAGGAACAGUCAUGUGCUUGUUCGGCGGAAAGUGGAAUUUCAAUUCGGACAAAAUAUGCACGCUUGGUGAAAACAGUGUCAAGAGCAAACCUAAAUCCGAUGAUGGUAAAUGCCAUCCACCAAGCUCUUGGAGAAAGUAUAACCCGAAUCUAAAAGACGGGUACGUGACGAUGAGUGAAAUACAGCUGACGUGUCCCGCCCCAAGAAAGCUCGUUCCAGACCUUCGCACCAAGGAUGGCACAGUCAUGUGUCUGUUUGGAGGAAAGUGGAGUUUCACUGAAUCCGAGAUAUGCACAGCUGCGAAGACAGGCUGCGAGACCCAUCACGUGUGGAGAACAUUCAACCGACGCUUGAGAAGAAAGUACAGGGAAGGGUCUAAAAUCAAACUGAGUUGCCCGCGCUACUUACGGAUGCACCUUGUACCGGAGUUGGAGAACGUAAGGGGAGUGGUCGAAUGCUUGAAGGGCGGGAAAUGGAGCAUGGACCGUCCAGCCAUCUGCAUUGCGGGACGAAGAAGAAGACCCACGUCGACCAAGAAACCCUGCCACACCCACAAGAUCUGGAGGACAUUCAACAGACAGAUCAGGCGCGAGUACAAGUAUGGUACGAGCAUCAAGCUGUCCUGCCCUAGGACUUUGGGGGUACGACUUCUCCCUGAACUUGAGAAGAAGGGAGGCGUUGUCAAGUGUCUCGCAGAUGGGAAAUGGAGCUUUAAAACUGGUGCAAUCUGUAUAGCUGGGAAGCAGAGACUGAAGCGUACAGUUAGUUGUCAAACUCCUUGGGAAUGGAAAAAAGUGCUCCCCGGACUUGGCACCAGCUACCCGACAGCUAAGGUGCUGGCUUUCAAGUGUCCGCCUUACUAUGGUAUCCACCCAAGAGUCAGGCGGGACUCAGCCGGGCGUGGGGUCAUAACUUGCCAUGGGGGCGGCAAGUGGGACUUCAAGAGCACGGAGACACCAUGCGUCAAAAAAAAGCUAAAGAGCACGUCAAAGCCAGCGGUCCCCACAGGGGAGACCGCGCGUAUCCUUGCCCAAGCUACUUGCUCGGCCCAAGCUAUGACCAAGGGGUUCGUGUUCGCUGUGCCCAAGAGCUGUAAGAAGGACGGCAGAGGGAAGACAUGUGAUGAUGUUUGUGGUGACACAAAGAAGAUAAAACAAGAUAAGAUGUUCAGAUCUACCAAGGUUAAAUUCAGAUUUACAUGUGAGGACUCCAUCUUCGUCAUGUAUUUGCCGAAGACUCCAUCCGCGCCCUUCAUCAAGACGCUGACCUACCAGACAUGCCGCAAGGACUCCUGCCUCAUCAACUACUGCUGCUGCCACGCCUCCUUCCGGCUCGCGCCUAGGCAUUAACAGUGACUAAGCAAACGGUGAAGCCAAACCAGGGCCAAUUUGCUCACUCGGCGUUUAUUGAGUCGAACACCAGCGUUAUCUCAACUAAGCGUAAUCUCCUUCAGCUUAUUUCAUUACAUCGUUAGGACUUACCGCCAACGUUACGGCUAACGCAACCGGGUCAAGGACAGUCAAAAUGGGACAUGCCAAUUGACUUCACUGUCCCUUAAACUGAAUUUAGAAGAUGACAAAUUAUGUAUUAAUGUCUCCUACUUCAAGCAUGGAAUUUCGAAACUCCCUCGAGGCUCGUUUGUAACUUCAAAACCGUUCAGUAGGUGAUAUUGUCUUUUUGAUACUGCUACCUCGUUUAUAUCGAGAGGCGGAUAAUACAUCUAUUGAAAACCUGUGGUUAUGUCAGGAUGGAUAUUGUAUGCCACUGUGCUUAGCAGUUUUCGACUUCCUUUCACUGUUCAACACAUGUAUUAGACUUAGGCACUAUGUUACCAUGUUAAUAGAAGCUGAAAUUAACUAUCAAUAAAUGACAAUGAUAAGUCUUGUUUUCAAGAUUGCUGCUUUUGCAAUUCAAUGCUCAUGC